AUGCUUACUCGACCAAGAGAUGUCCAAAUGGUCAAAGAACCACGUCAAGGGAACAAUGCGCAGGUGUCUUCGCAUGACAUCGACGGCAAAGUUGAGCAAGAAAGGUCCCGCGACAGCCCUUGUCUUACUCUAGUUUCCACUUCGAACGAUGAAGUAAAGCGGGUUGGUGUUCAAUCAGCAGUUGUUCUUCUGUUCAUGUUAUCGAUUAGGCGAAUGAAGUUUCCUGGAAUACCAUCUGCGCAAAGAGCGUUGAAAAGACUGCUUCAGUGA